UGUAUCCCUAAGAAUUAAUUUACAUUGUUAUUUGUUAAAAUCAAAAGCGAUUCCACGCACACACUUAUGCACGCCGUGCAUUUAAAUUAAGUAAUUUUAAAAUUAUUUAUAUUCAAAAUGAAUAAAUUUAUAUUCAUUUUGUUAAUUAUAAGUGUUUUUAAUGCGUUAAUCAUUAAUGCUUGUGAUCGUGUUCCACAUGUGGGAUAUGCACGUUCUGGAAAAUUACGUGGUGAUGGUGGAUUUAAAAUUAAAUUAAGUGAAAAUACCAACAAAUAUACACCGGGUACUCCUUAUACAGUAUCAUUGGUUAGUCCACAAAAUAAAAGAUUUACACGAUUUAUGUUAACAUCGGAAUCUAAGAUUCCAAGAGAGGAUGAAUCACCAAAUCAACAUGGAAUUUUUCAAUUAUUUGGUGACGCCCUUACAAAUUUUCAUGAAGAAUGUGUGAACACAGUAUCAGAAAAAAGUACGUUAUCGAAACGUGUAAUCGAAGUUAUUUGGACAGCACCACCAGCUGGUUCAGGAUGUAUUAUUUUAAAAGUCAUGGUCUUAGAAGAUCGCAAUCAUUGGUAUGCAGAUGAUGGGCAAUUAAGUUUAGAAUUAUGUGAACAAACUGAAAGAGUAACACAAGAUGAAUGCUGUGCUUGUGAUGAAGCCAAAUACACUAUGACAUUUGAAGGAUUAUGGUCAAAUGUAACACACCCAAAAGAUUUUCCACAAUCUUUAUGGCUAACACACUUUUCGGAUAUUAUUGGAGGAUCACAUGAAAAGAAUUUCAGUUUUUGGGGCGAAGGUCAUAUUUCCACAGAUGGUUUUCGAUUAUUAGCCGAAUGGGGUUCAAUUCGUGGUUUAGAUCAAGAAUUACGGUUAAAAUCAAAAUAUUUUCGAAGUAUUUUUAAAGCCGCUGGACUUUGGUAUCCAAAAGUGAAUACAAACACGACUAGUCAUUUUAAGGUGGAUCGCAAGCGUCCUUUAGUAUCUUUGGUUUCUAUGUUCGGACCAUCUCCAGAUUGGGUUGUCGGUGUAAAUGGUUUGGAUUUAUGCCAAAAAGAUUGUACAUGGAAGGAGAACAUUAUCGUAGAUUUAUAUCCAUGGGAUGCUGGUACUGAUAGUGGAAUUUCAUAUGAGUCACCAAACGCUGAAACAAAACCUCGAGAACGAAUGUACCGCAUAACCACAAAGUAUCCAGAAGAUCCACGAGCCCCAUUUUAUGAACCACAUAAAAAGGAAAUGGAGCCAAUGGCACGAUUGUUUUUAAAACGAGAAAAAGUAAUUCCAAAAAGUUGUGAUGAUAAAUUUUUAACAUCACAAAUUGAAUUCUCUGAGAAUACCGAAGAAGUUUCCAAGCCGGAAUGUGCCGUAACUGAAUGGUCAAAUUGGAGUCCAUGUUCUGUAACAUGUGGUAAGGGAUUACGUAUGCAUACUAGAGAAUAUGUUUUACCAGCCAAAGCACAAAUGUUUCAAUGUAGUCGACAACUAGUGGGUAAAGAAAUGUGUGUUGCGGAUGUUCCUGAAUGUGAAGGUGGCAAUGGUGUAGACGAUAUUUCUCAAGAACAAGAAGAAGUCUUAGAACAGCGUCCAGAAGGUAUUUGUUCCGUUACAGUGUGGGGCGAAUGGUCACCAUGUUCCGUCUCAUGUGGCAAAGGAUUUAAAAUGCGACGUCGUCACUUUUUAGAUCGUAUGGGACCUAAAAAAUGUUUUGAUGUAUCCCUAGUUGAAAAGGAUGUCUGUAUGGUAAGCACGCAAUGUACCGGUCCAAGUGAACCAGUUGAUACUGAAUGUCCCGUUACUGAAUGGACCGAUUGGAGUCCGUGUACUGUGUCUUGUGGACCAAAUCAAGGUGUAGUUGUACGUACUCGUUAUUUAUUAGUACCACCAGAAAAACAACGUCAAUGUGCGGCAAGAACUGAGGUAUAUCAAACUAGUCCAUGUGGUGGAAAUCCAUGUCCAAAACUAACUGAAAACGAUGCCAAAGAAAUAUGUAUGCUACCUCCAGAAAAUGGACCCUGUCGUGGAACAUUAACUCGUUGGUAUUUCGAACCAAAAAAAUUAAUGUGUGUUCCAUUCCAAUAUGGAGGAUGUCGAGGAAAUCGUAACAAUUUUGAAACGGCCGAUGAAUGUAACAAUUUAUGUCAAAAUUUGAGAAAUACUUUAACAGCUGAUGUCACUGGAGACGAGAAUCAGCCAAUCGAUUGUCAAGUUUCUCAAUGGAGUCCAUGGUCUGCAUGUAGUGUUACAUGUGGAAUAGGACGCUCUCAGCAAACCCGAACAAUUUUGGAACAUCCACGAAACGGUGGUGCUGCGUGUCCUAAAAGACUUGUAAAAUAUCGUCGAUGUAACAGACCAAGUUGUAACAAUUAGGACACAAAUCUUUUAUUAUUAAUCAUUUUUGUACUUUAAACAUUUAGCUUGAUACUUUUCAUUUUUAAGGAAUAAAUAAUAAAAAAAAAAUUGAAGAUUUGAUCAUUAUAUUUUCAUUAUAGGAUCCAUUUAGCAGUAAGAACGGAUUAUAAACGCGAACAAAUUCGAACAUCGAAGUUUAAAUAAAUUCUGCCCUUCAGUAGCUUUAAGGGAGUAGAUAGAGAAAAAGGAGGGCAACGAAAUUAUAAAAGGAUGGUUAACGAUUUGUAUAUUAUAAAAUAAUAGUUUAUAAUAGAAAAAAAAUUAAAGUUUUGUUAAUUUUUGAAUCUCUCAAAAAUAGUUCCUGUCUUUCCGUUCCUGACAUUUUUAAUAAAAUAAUAACAGAAGGGAA